ACGUGUGCUGUCGUACGAGUCUCAAAUUUAACGACGUGACUUAUAAUUUUCUGAAAUGAGCGCGGAUAAAAGAAUUGCAACAGACGAGGAGGAGGAGGAUGAAGAGGAAAAGCCUAAAAACUUCCACGAGAUGGAAUUGGACGAUCGAAUACUCAAGGCAGUGGCAAAACUUGGUUGGCUGGAACCAACUUUGAUUCAGGAAAAAACAAUACCGCUUUUAUUGGACGGAAAGGAUGUAUUGGUGCGAGCUAGAACUGGCUCUGGUAAAACUGCGGCCUUUGCAAUACCAAUAAUACAAAAGAUCUUGUCUGGUAAACAGACACAGAUGAGGCAGGAAAUUAAAGCGUUGAUACUAGCACCUAGUAAAGAACUUUGCAAACAAAUUCAUCAAGUGGUGUCCGAUUUGACGAACAAGUGCUCAAGGGAAGUAAAGUCUGUUGACAUCAGCUCACCACUCGAACUUAAUGCACAGAAACCCUUACUCGCAGAAAAACCAGAUAUUGUCAUCGCCACGCCUGGCAGACUUCUACAACAUCUUAAGGCUAAUAAUGUCAGUGUCAAAAAAACUUUGGAGACUCUUGUCAUUGAUGAGGCUGAUUUGGUAUUUUCAUUUGGAUAUGAAGACGAUGUUAAAUCUGUACUAGCUUACUUGCCUACCGUCUACCAAGCUGUUCUAGCUUCGGCCACACUCUCCGAAGAUGUACUGUCGUUGAAAGCAUUAGUUCUACAUAAUCCAGCAAUAUUGAAAUUAGAGGAGCCACCCUUAGCACCACCCUCACAGUUGGCACAUUAUACUCUGGCUGCUGAAGAGAAUGAUAAAGCAGCUAUAUUGUAUGCUUUGCUUAAACUGCAUUUAGUCAGGGGAAAAACAAUCAUAUUUGUAAAUACAGUGGAUCGGUGUUACAAGCUGAAGUUAUUUUUGGAGCAAUUUGGAAUCCCAACGUGCGUUCUGAACUCUGAGUUGCCUGCUAGUGCAAGAUGCAGGGCAGUAACGUAUUUCAAUAGUGGGACUUAUGAUAUUAUCAUAGCAUCGGAUGAGAAGGCCUUAGAAGAGGUGAAUUUAAUUUCUCAUCUUGGCUGCUGUACAGAUUUUGGCAUUCCUAAUUACUGUACAAUUUUUACAAUGUUUCAGCCACUUAUGGUCAAAGAUAAAAAAUCUAAACGCAGAAAAGACAAUGAGUCCGGUGUGGCACGAGGGAUCGAUUUUCAGUUUGUGUCCAAUGUGAUAAAUUUUGAUUUUCCAUUGGAUGUGACUUCUUAUAUUCAUAGAGCAGGACGAACAGCAAGAGGUAAAAAUCAAGGCACAGCGCUUAGCUUUGUAGCUAUGCGAGAAAGAUCUUUGCUCGAUGAAGUUGACACUCAGUUGAAGGAAGGUUAUAACAGGGAAAAUAUAUUCAAAACUUAUCAGUUCAAAUUAGACGAAGUCGAAGGUUUCAGGUAUCGAGCAAAGGAUGCCUGGAAAGCGGUGACCAGAAUAGCAGUGCGCGAAGCUCGUCUAAAAGAAAUAAAGCAGGAAGUACUGAACUGUGAAAAGUUGAAGGGGUAUUUUGAAGAAAAUCCAAAAGACCUAAAAUCCCUACGGCAAGACAAGGCACUGCACACGGUGAGGCAGCAGCCCCAUUUGAAAGAUGUUCCAGAAUACAUAGUGCCCCAGACGCUGAAGAGGAUAGCAGGAAUAGGGAAAAGAAAACGAAAAUUUGACAGGGAAGCUGCAGCAACUGGGUCGAGUGCUAGCAAAUCAAAACACUUAGCCAGAGCUUCGAAUCCAUUAAUCAGUCUUAGCAUACCCCGAAAAAAGUAAACCAAUG